ACUCUCUCUCCUUUCAGAUCCGGAAUUUGAAAAUCCCAAUCCCGCUGCUAUUCGCCAUGGCAUCGCAGUCAUUCAAUGGCAUAAACUUCUCUCUGUAAAGAAACGUAUGAGAGUGUGUUCAUGACUGCUUAGAUCCGAAGAUGUCAGCGAUGGAAAAGUUGUUCGUCCAGAUCUUCGAGCGUAAGAACUGGAUAUUUGAUCAACUUAGACAACAAUCGGACCUGUAUAAUCAACAUCUAGCUUCGAAACUUCUCAUCGAAGGAAUUACACCCCCGCCAUGGCUCUGGGAACCUAAACCUCUCUUCAAUCUUACGGAUCCCCGAGAGUUGAAUAAAGAAGAGAUGAUAUCUGAACUCCUCUUUCCACAUCCGAAUCAUGUAUUCCCUUGUUCUACUGGUUUAUAUCCUUUGCACAACAAGUUCGUUGUCAGUGGAGAAAAUAUACCGUUACCAGAACUGCUACCAUUACAAGUUCAUGCUCCCAAGAAAAGCUUAGGUAAUGUUCAACGUGAGUUGGGAUUUGCCCCUGUCCUGGAUAUGUCUCCUCAAGUGAAGAUAAAUCUUAGCAACCCAGACAGUUGUAUGUGGGAAGAUAGGUCCCUUGUUCAAGUUCAGAGAUCAAAAUCACGACAAAGAGCUUUAGAACUUAGAAGUGCUUCUAAAAGAGCAGCAGAUAAAAACUCUACAACUCAAGAAACAGGUAGCGGGUUGCAAGAAAAAUUCUCAAGCUUGAAGAAGAGUACAUCCAUGGAACAUUCUGGUAGAGUCACAAGGUCUAGGUUUUCUCGUGAACAACUAAACCAUGCAGAAGAGUCAAUUCAACUGAAGGACUCCUUCAAGAUCUCCAAGAAAGGGGAUAACCGAAAGGUAGAUUCAACAAGUGUUUGCCUAGGUAAAGAUUUAUUCGAGAAUAUAAGUUCAUCGGAUCUUGGAGUAAAUAAAAGACGUAAGUUGAGAUCUGGUGCUUGUGAAAUGUCUCCAAUAGUUAACGAUUCCACAGGGAAUGAAUAUCAGAAGUUGUCAAGUGCCCAAAUAAGCUCAAAUAUUGUGGACAAACAUGAUGAAGAAACCCAGAUUGCUGAUUUUGUUGUUUAUGAACCAUGCCAACACCAGGAGAAUUGCGGAAAUUUUGAGCUGAACAGCACUGACCCUGUUGUGGCCUCAGAAAAUAUUGGCUUGAACGUGCCUUCUGAUUUUGGUAUUUUAGCGAAGCCCAAGGCUCUUGACUCCAGUGAUUUUGAAAAAAAUAAAUUUAUUAAAUUAAGUGGACUUUUUGUAGACAAGGAACCAUUGGAUAGAUUGGUAGGAGGGAUAUGCAGUUCAACAGAGAAGCCCCCAGAAUCUCUAGAGAUAACAAGAGUUGACAAUUGUGAUACUUGGCAUCUUGAGGGGAGAUCACUUGAGCUAGAGGUUUCAAACAAAGUAGAUGAAUUUCGAGAAAGCAUAUCAAAAACUCAUGUUGAGGUGCAUGCAGAACCCGGGGUGGAGAAAUGUAAAUCAGAUAUGAAAGAGAAUCUUACAUCUGAUUUUAAUUGUAUAUCUGUAUCUGUCCCAACUAUGCAUCAUCUUCCUUCAGACGGGAUGGAAUCCGUGUCAACCAAUGACGGUUUGGGAAAGAUUGCAAGUCCUUUGCUGGUAAAGGAAAAGUUGGACACUGACAACAGAUCACCAGAGGAAAGCAAUUUUGACAACCCAAAGCCCUUGCAUCUUUCUGGGCAACCAUCUGAACCAAAAUGCCGAUCAUCAGGUUCAAAAGUCUACUUCAAAGUAGAUGACAUAUCUGUUUCUGUCCCAAAUAUUCAACAUCCUCCUUCUGAUGGGAUAAAAUCUCUGUCAAACAAUGAUGGCUUUGGCAAGAUUGCAAGUCCUUUGCCGGGGAAGGAAAAAUUGGACACAGAGGUAGACAAGAGCAACAUUUUGUUAGAGACUGACAACAGAUCACCAGUGCAAAGCAAUUUUGACUACCCCAAAUCUUUGGAAGUCCCAAAUGAAGUAGAUGACAUGUCUGUAUCUGUCCCAAAUAUACAACAAUCUCCUUCUGAAGGGAUAAAAUCCAUGUCAACCAAUGACGUCUUGGGCAAGAUUGCAAGUCCUUUGCUGGAAAACGAAAAGGUUGACAUGGUGGUUGACAGUAGCAGCAUUUUGUUAGAGACCGACAACAGAUCACCAUUGCAAAGCAAGUUUGACAACUCCAAAACUUUGGAUCUUUGGGGGCAAUCAUCUGAACUAAAUUGCCAAUCAUCAGGCUCAAAAGUCCCAAACGAAGUAGAUGGCAUGUCUGUAUCUGUCCCAAAUAUACAACAUUCUCCUUCUGAAGGGAUGAAAUCCGUGUCAACCAAUGACGUCUUGUUCAAGAUUGCAAGUCCUUUGCUGGAAAAGGAAAAGGUUGACAUGGUGGUUGACAGGAGCAACAUUUUGUUAGAGACUGACAACAGAUCACCGUUGCAAAGCAAGUUUGACAAUCCCAAAACUUUGGAUCUUUGGGGGAAAUCAUCUGAACUAAAUUGCCAAUCAUCAGGCUCAAAAGUCCCAAACGAAGUAGGUGGCAUGUCUGUAUCUGUCCCAAAUAUACAAUAUUCUCCUUCUGAAUGGAUAAAAUCCGUGUCAACCAAUGAUGUCUGGGGCAAGGUUGCAAGUCCUUUACUGGAAAAGGAAAAGGUUGACAUGGUGGUAAACAGGAGCAGCAUUUUGUUAGAGACUGACAACAUAUCACCAGAGCAAAGUGAUUUUGACAACCCAAAAACUUUGCAUCUUAGGGGAAAAUUAUCUGAACCAAAAUGCCAAUCAUCAGGCUCAAAAGUCCCAAACGAAGUAGAUGAGUUUCAACAGGGUUUUUCUAACAUACAUGUCAAGGUGUUUGCGAGACCUUAUAUGGAGGACUGUGAAUCAGAUAAGAAUACUCCUGAAUCCAACAUAGUUGAUAUUUCUGCUACUGAUCGAAGAAUUCAAUACUACCCUGAUUCUUGUGGCGAAAAAAAUAUGGUUAUAGAUGAUGGCCCUCACUCGGAAAUGCCGCAGAGUCUAAAAAAGCAUUUAACAGAAGGAUACAACUCUUCAUCAAAUGUGCAAAGUGACGAGGGUGAAAACGCUAAUUACAGAAAGGAUAAAAAGAGAAUUUUCUCUUUAACCUUUCAGGAAACAGAAAACUCUUCUAGUUUAUCAAGUUUGAUUAUCCAGCCAACUGGAGAUCAUAACAAUUUGUGUGAAGAAUUGGGGUUGGAAGCUUCAAAUGGCAAUACCUUUAAUUAUAAAGGUGGUUGUGCUGAAUAUAAGCAAAUCCUGUCACCUGAACAAGAUGACCUCAAUAAGAGAAUGAGAGAUCCUAUUUCUACAGAGAUAAUCAUGCAAGAGAACUUUAAUCUGCCUGAGAGUGGCACCUUGGAUUGUGGCUUAGUCAAUGGUAAGGAUGGUUAUCUUGGCCCUUCUUCUUCACAAGUGGAAGAAUUUGAUAAGUCUUGUUCCCAGAGAGGAGUAAUGUUCACGAACAACUCCUACCCUCAACUUAAGCGGAGAAAGUUUGAAGGAGAAAAGAAGAGACCUUUGUCCGCUUCUACAAUUGUCCUGGGCGAAAAAAGUCAGAAUGUCACGCAACAUCCUGUCAAUGUAGAAACUAGUUUAGAAGUUUCUUCACAAUGCCAAUCUUUACAUGUUUCUCAUGACAGUGAGACUACACAUAUAGAAAUAGAUGCAAAUCCCGAAGUUGAAAUGCAUCAUAAGCUGUUAUGCCAUCUCACAGCAGGAUCUGAGCUUCCACCUGUGCUACAGGAUGAAAUUGACACUAAAGAGGGUGAUACAGAUACUGAUUCGUCAUCUAUUAUCAGAAUGGAUUUCUUAGGUGACUCAAUCUUGAAUAAACAGAGUUAUUCAGAUUCCAAAGGUGCCGCCUUUUCAUACAUGGAAUUUGAAGAUCCAGCAAGCAUUGUCUUUGAUGUGAGAAAGUCUUUUAAUAUGAAUACUGGCAGUGUAACACAUACGGAGCAUGACACUAACGUGGGUAACAACAGUAACUUGACUUAUUUGGAUGGACCAUUGCAGGAAUUGGAAGAUCCUCAGGCAGAAUAUGGCUUACAACCAAGUAGCUCAUCUGCAUAUACUAACAAGAAAGAUCCAGAGUCAGUUGGUGCUGAUUGUAUAAGUCCCGAGUUUGAGGGUUUCACUAGUUUUGACGAUGUAGACUUUCAAAAUAAAACGAUAGAACAAGUUAGUUAUCUGAAGCAGCUCAGCAUAUAUUCUAGUAUGUGCACUCCUGUGCCCCAAUCUUCAACUGCAUUUAUGUUACCAGAAAGUUUAUACAAGUCGGUGCCUAAUGGACUCCUUGAGCAGAUAAACUUUGGGAAUUCGCACUUUGAAAUUGAUGACAUUUCCAAGCAGAACAGAGCCAGCCAUAGUUGCACCCAAGAAGGAAAGCAUAAGAACCAGGAGUCUGCCUUUUCACAUUGUUUACUGUUUUCUGAUUCCCAGUUUGGAUGGAGCUCAAAACGGAGUUGUUUGCCUUCUUCUGUUGGAAAUGUGCGGGAUCAUAUGGACUUAAUUCCAUCAAAAUCUAGCAGUUCUGAGAAGCAUCGAAGCUUAAACCCCGAACUCACUUGCUUUCGAAUUGAAGAAGAUCCAGGGGACUAUAGUGAAGAAAGCGAAAAUGCGGACGGAAUACCUAAAGAAGUUGAAGAAAAAUCUAUAUUCGAAUUGGUGCAUUGUGGUGAUAUAAGAGAAGCACUAGCCGAAAUUGCAGAAUCACAAAUAAAUGAUUCGGAACAGAUAACAGCAGCAAACGAUAGAUGUCAUGAUAGAAAUAGUUUAUGUACUGAACCCAGCUUCACUGGAAACAAAAAGAUGGUCAGACAGAACCCUGCAAACCGCUACAGCAAGAGACAUCCCUCCGAAGGAAAGGAGAACUUUACUUUGUCUGUAGAGGUAAAUCGCAAGAAAAGAGCUGAAUCAUCUAAUAAUAGAUUCAGUAAGUUACAGCUAUCAAGCAAAGGCAGUGAGAGGCAGGGAAGGCAUCGUCCUUCAGAGAAACAGUCAAAGCACAAGAACAUUGUUUCAAACAUCACAUCAUUUGUUCCAUUUGUUCAACAAAAACAAGCUGCUGCAGUCUGUACAGGGAAGAGGGAUAUCAAAGUGAGAGCACUGGAGACUGCAGAGGCUGCAAAGAGGCUAGAAGAGAAAAGGAAUAAUGAGCGUAUCAUGAAGAAAGAAGCAUUAAAGCUUGAGCGAGAACGAUUAGCAAGAGAGAAUUUGAAGCAAACAGAGUUAUUGAAGAAAAAAAAAGAAGAGGAGCUUAAGAAGAAAGAUGCUGAUAUAGCCGCGAGAAAAAGGUUAAGAGAGGACGAAGAGAAGAGGGCCAAGGAAAGAAAAAGAAAACGCGUUGAACAUGCACGGCAACAACUGGAUGAGCAGGAAGGGAAGCUCCAUGCUAGAAAAGGAGAAAAGGAAAUAAGGCCCACUACAACAGUUGGAAAAAUGAAUAGCCGGGAGUCCAACGAUAGAUUGCAUGAGCAACAGAAAAUGGAGAAAGGUAGAGUUGAUGACAAGGCUCUUUGCAAAACCAUUGAUGCUCGAGGGGUAAUGGGUGAUUCUGUCAGGGAUACCAGAUCUUAUAUGAAAUCUCCAGAAAAAUCAUAUGAUAUAUCUCCAUAUCAAAACUCGGAAAAUGAGGAUGAUGAUGAAGAUGUUGCACCUAUGAUGAAAUUUAUUCCUCCAUGGGCCAGAAAAAACUCUCAGGAUAUAGCUAGUUUCCUCCAGGAUAAAAUGGAUCCAGAUGUGAUAUUUCCUCCAGAAAGUUUUCCUACUACAGUUAACCUAGGAAAAUGGCCGUCUUUCGAUUUUUGAAGUAAUAUUCUGCGUAGCUGUUAACUGGAGAUCGAUGUACAGAGUUGUAAAAAAUAAUGGCGCUAUCAUCUAUCUCAUCAUUGAUUCGGUUUUGUUAACCUUUCCUCCUGGCUAUGGAAAUUCAGGAAAGCAUUAAUUUGUCAAUUCCGAUAUGUUUAUUUUUCUCACCGUGGUCUGGUCUUUGCCAAUUGACCGCAUUUGAUUACUUGGUUAGAUUAUUUUUCGCUUUUGAAAGAUUAGUUCUUCGAU